UCAAAGAAGAGGAGAACCCAAAGCUCAGAAAUUAGACAAGACCUCCUACAACGGCAUCAUCUACCUGCAAAACAAACUAAUAACUACAGUUCCCAAACUGAUGCUCACUUUUUUUCUGGACAAGAUUUCUUCCUCCCAGUUGUUGUGAUAGUCCUUAAAGGAAGAACUCAGUGAAGCACUUUUAAAAUACACUCAGAAUACAGAAGUAAAACCAGGAUGUUUCCCAGUGACAUGGAGAACACUUCAGAGCAUCUGCUGAACGACUCGGUGGGGAACUUGUCCUUGGAGGGGGUAGAGAACGGAGACCACCCCUUCCUCACUGACGCCUGGCUUGUGCCUCUACUUUUCUCCCUCAUUAUGUUGGUGGGGCUCAUAGGAAACUCACUGGUCAUCUAUGUGAUCUCUAAGCACAGGCAGAUGAGGACAGCCACCAACUUCUACAUCGCGAACUUGGCUGCCACGGACAUCAUCUUCCUGGUGUGCUGCGUGCCCUUCACUGCCUCCCUCUACCCUCUCCCCAGCUGGGUCUUCGGCGACUUCAUGUGCAAAUUUGUUGCCUUUCUCCAGCAGGUGACGGUGCAGGCCACAUGCAUCACGCUGACUGCCAUGAGUGGCGAUCGUUGCUAUGUGACCGUGUACCCCCUAAGAUCUCUACGACAUCGAACCCCCCGUGUUGCCUUGAUUGUGAGCGUCUGCAUCUGGAUUGGUUCCUUCAUUCUGUCAAUACCCAUGUUCCUGUACCAGAGGCUGGAGGACGGUUACUGGUACGGCCCACGGCAGUACUGUGUGGAGCGCUUCCCCUCCAGGACGCACGAGCGAGCCUUCAUCCUCUAUCAGUUCAUUGCUGUCUACCUGUUACCUGUCCUCACCAUCUCCUUCUGCUACUCCGUCAUGCUGAAGAAGGUGGGCCAGCCCACCGUGGAGCCCGUGGACAAUACCCACCAGGUGCACCUGCUCUCGGAGAGGACCAUCUCCAUUAGAAGCAGGAUAUCCAGGAUGGUGGUGGUCAUCGUCGUGCUGUUCACCGUCUGCUGGGGCCCCAUUCAGAUCUUCAUCCUGUUUCAGUCUUUCUACCCGGGCUACAAGGUCAACUACACAACGUACAAGAUCAAAACUUGGGCCAACUGCAUGUCCUAUGCCAACUCGGCCAUCAACCCCAUCGUGUAUGGCUUCAUGGGCGCCAGCUUCCGGAAGUCCUUCCGGAAGACCUUCCCCUUCCUCUUCAAGCACGCGGUGCGGGACAGCAGCGUGGCGUCCCGCACCGCCAAUGCUGAGAUAAAGUUCGUUGCAACAGAGGAGAGCCACACAGAAAGGAAAUAA